ACAGCUGCUGACUGAAGCUUCCUCAUCUCCUUCCAAUUCCCCCAGAACUUCUACUAUAAAACCCCACAUACCCACGCUAUUCUCUUCACUUCCAUACUCGAGCUGUUUUUCAUUUCUCAUCUCUAUAUUCGCAUUCAAUGGCUUCUCCUUCUACUUCAAAUCUUUCACCAAAGUUGCUCUUGCUCUCUCUUCUGUUUGGUUCCUUUGUGGUUGCUUCUGUUGGUAACUUGUACCAAGAUUUGGAUAUCACUUGGGGUGAUGGCAGAGCCAAGAUCCUCGACAAUGGACAGCUUCUUACUCUCUCCCUUGACAAAGCCUCUGGCUCUGGCUUCCAGUCCCAGGAUGAAUAUCUGUUUGGGAAGAUUGAUAUGCAGCUGAAGCUUGUGCCUGGUAACUCUGCUGGCACAGUCACUGCCUACUAUCUAUCUUCACAAGGGCCUACCCAUGAUGAGAUAGAUUUUGAAUUCUUGGGGAAUCUCAGUGGGGAUCCAUACAUUCUUCACACUAAUGUGUUCAGCCAAGGCAAGGGAAACAGAGAGCAGCAGUUCUACCUCUGGUUCGACCCUACUGCCGAUUUCCACACAUAUUCUGUUCUCUGGAAUCCUCAGCGCAUUAUCUUCUCUGUGGAUGGCACCCCCAUCAGAGAGUUCAAGAACUCAGAGUCCAUAGGUGUUCCAUACCCCAAGAACCAGCCCAUGAGGAUAUACUCCAGUCUCUGGAAUGCUGAUGACUGGGCAACAAGAGGUGGGCUGGUGAAGACAGACUGGAGCCUAGCCCCCUUCACAGCCUCCUACAGGAACUUCAAUGCCAAUGCAUGUGUUUGGUCCUCUGGAUCAUCUUCUUGCAGUUCAAACUCUCCAUCUUCUACCUCCACCAAUGGUGGAUGGUACUCACAGGAGCUUGAUUCCACAAGCCAAGAGAGAAUGAAAUGGGUGCAGAAGAACUACAUGAUCUACAAUUACUGCACAGACACAAAGCGAUUCCCACAAGGCCUUCCUCUUGAAUGCACUGCCACUACCACGUCCUAGAAAGAACCGAAUCUAAGUCCAUUCAAUCAAUUCUAUUCUUUCAUUCUUUAUCAUUAUAGUUGCUGUUACAGCAGCAGAAACAUCAUACUGUUUACAUUGUAAUAUAUGAGCCAAUUCGGAUAAUAAAAGAUUCUUUAUGAAUGA